AUGGCUUCAGAUGGCGGUUCUAGAUCGGGUUUUUCGGCUGCUGCCCGACGUGAGGUGAUCAAGAAGGCAGAAAACCUUACAAAGCGACUUAUUGACUACCAGGUCCUCAAAGGAAAGUAUGCCCAAAUGACCGAGAUAGAGUUGACCAAUAUUUGCAACUUGCUUCCCGACAUAUUUAUGGAGGAGCCGUUGGUAGUUGAUUUACAAGUGGAUACACCCAUUUACGUCAUCGGGGAUGUUUUUGGGCAGUACGGCGACCUCCUACGUACACUCAUGGUUCUCGGAUUUCCACCUCAACAGCGUUACCUCUGCCUUGGUAAUUACGUGGACCGCGGCUCUAGAUCGAUUGAGACAAUUGCCCUCCUAUUUUGUCUCAAACUCCGUUUCCCAAAACAUAUAUAUCUGCUUCGAGGAAACCACGAGUGUCAGCAUAUAUCGCGUCACUACGGCUUCUAUGACGAGUGUUUAAAACGCUUCAGUCGACGACUGUGGAGAACCUUUGUUGGUACAUUUGAUUUCCUGCCUUUAAUUGCUAUCCUGGAGGAGAAGAUAUUUUGCUGUCACAGCGGCAUGUCGCCAAGCGUGCAGUUUUCGGGCGUAUCAAACCUCCAGGAGCUGAAGGACUACGUGAUGAAGCUCACACCCCGACCGACUGAGAUUCACACAAGUAUCCUCAUGACCCAUUACACGUGGUCCGAGCCUGACCCAGAAGUGAAGGCCUGGGAGCAGAAUCCUGCAGGUCUUGGCUACUUAUAUGGCGCCUCCGUAGUGGAUGACUUCUGCAACCGACUUAAACUCCAGCAGAUUAUCCGCUCCAAUGAACUUAUUGAGAAGGGCUAUGAAUUUUUCCAGGACAAGCGACUACUGACAAUAUUUUCUGUACCAAACUUUCUGGGAAGUUUUACUAAUGACGGUGCAGUCGUACGGAUUGAAAAGAUCCCCGAACACAACGAACUGCACUGCAGUAUAAAGGUAAUAAAGCCCAUAAUGAAACUGCGAACAAAAAUGACCGGCCGUAUGAACAUAGCUAUUAUGGAUUCCAAGUCGACGAGGAAUCCCGAAGAAGUGGCCGAAGAACAGGGAAGAAAGGAGGUUUAA